AAUAAAAAAAUAAAAUGGCUAACCAUUUGCUUCUUUCACUAUUAGCCACUUUGAUCUUCAUUACAACAACCGUUUCCGCAGUAAUUAGUUACAAUGUCAAGAGCUUGGGAGCGAGACCGGACGGUAGAAGUGACUCGAGCAAAGCGUUUAUGGCUGCAUGGCUAGGUGCAUGUGGCUCGGCUAAGGCUGCAACCUUUUACGUUCCUAAUGGAAAGUACUUGGUUGGUCCAUUGAUCUUCUCUGGUCCAUGUAAAAAUGGAGCCAUCACGGUUCGUAUUGAUGGAACCCUGGUGGCUCCAUCUAACUAUUUUGUACUUGGAAAUGCGCAAUACUGGCUGCGCUUUCGUAGCGUUAAUGGUGUCACCAUCGUUGGUGGCACCCUUGACGCUCUUGGUGGCAAUUUGUGGGCUUGUAAAUCCCGUUCUAAGAGUUGCCCCCAAGGAGCCACGAGUUUACAAAUAUACAAUUCAAACAAUGUAUUGGUAUAUGGGUUGACUUCAAUAAACAGUCAAAUGUUCCACGUCGUGGUGAACGGUUGCAAUAACGUGGCAUUGGUUGGGAUGAACGUGGUGGCACCGUCGAACAGCCCCAACACUGACGGAAUACACGUUCAACUCUCCACCGGAGUCACCAUUUUGAACUCUAAAAUCGGCACCGGCGAUGACUGUGUAUCUAUAGGUCCCGGUGCAAGAAAUUUAUGGAUCGAAGGUGUUACUUGUGGCCCUGGCCAUGGUAUCAGUAUCGGAAGUUUGGGGAAUAAUUUGAAUGAACAAGGAGUCCAAAACGUGACGGUUAAACGGGUUACAUUUAGAGAAACGGACAAUGGUUUAAGGAUCAAAGCAUGGGCGAAACCUAGCAAUGGAUUUGUUAAUGGCGUUUUAUUCCAAAACGCUAUUAUGAUAAAUGUAGACAACCCAAUUGUUAUCGAUCAAAAUUACUGUCCCGGUGGCAAAAAUUGUCCCCGUCAGGGAUCGGGCGUGAAAAUAAGCAAUGUGAGGUACCAAGAUGUACAUGGGACAUCAGCUACAAAAGUCGCGGUGAAGUUUGAUUGUAGCAAAAAGAACCCGUGUCGUGGGAUAACAAUGCAGGAUGUGAAUUUGAGCUUCAAAACCCAGCUUGCGGCAUCUUCAUAUUGUGCUAAUGCGGUAGGGAGAACUUCAGGUGUGAUGAAACCGACGGGCUGUUUCUAGAUUCAGUAAGUCGCCGGUCGCAUUGAUUAGCCUGUGGUCGGAAAGUUAAUUGUAUCUGAUCCGCCUGGCUUUGCUUCUAUGAUCUAGUGUUUAAUGUUAGGAUUUAAUUAUUGGGAGAUAGGGAAAUUUGGGAUUUUUGUGUACGUUACGUUGUGCUAGUAUUAUUCAUUGCAUCUUUAUUGACUGAUUGAGGACAUUCUCAAUCUUUUUAUGUAAAUCAUUUUUUUUUUGUAAAAGACAUUAACUGAAUUCACAAUU